GUCGGCCGUACAUCCGCUCUCACAGCCACACCGAGACAGCUGGCGGCUCCUGAGAACUCGUGAUCAGUUUCACUCGGUACGGUGAUUUAUAACGCUGUAUUCAAUCUUAAAAUUUAUUGGUCAAUAUUAAUAGACUUUACGAUUAUCAGUAGCAGUUAACGGGGAGAGAAGACUGUCAUAGAUGUGUUUACCCUGCUCGGGAAUAGAGUGACCUUGAGUCCAUAAAGACGCCACCGUACACCCAGCCGGGGAAGUAAGGCUGUGCUCCGGAAGUCUAUCUAGCAUAUAUCUUCCAGUUCUGCAAGUGUGUUGACCUGAGGCCAUGGCCAAGACAAGCCAUUGUAUGUCUGUUCUGAUACUGCUGAUGGUGUGUAUCACCGGGGAAACAGCUGACACAUGUAGGAAAUAUGCCAAUCAAGUUCUUCUGGUGUCCAUGGAUGGAUUCAGGUAUGAUUACCCUGAAAAAGCAGCCACGCCCAACUUUGACAAAAUGGCGCAGAAUGGUGUGAGAGCGGAGUACAUGACCAGUACCUUCACCACCAAGACCUUCCCGGCCCACUACAGCAUCGCUACAGGACUUUAUGAUGAAAGUCACGGGAUCGUAGGAAACAACAUGUAUGACCCGGAGUUUGGCGAAUUCUUUACGAUGAGGUCACGUGAGACAAAAUGGUGGGACGGUGGCGAGCCCCUAUGGAUAACGGCCCGGAGGCAAGGUCUAAGUUCCGGUACCAUGUUCUGGCCCGGAAGUGAGGUGGAGAUUCAGGGUAUUCAUGCAAAUAAGUGGUACAAUUACAACGAAUCUAUUACUUUCGAUCAACGAAUAGACAUAGUCAUUGACAUGCUAAAAAAUGACAAGUACAACUUUGUAACUACAUAUUUUCACGAGCCGGACCGUACCGGACACAGAUACGGACCAGAUUCACAGGAAGUUGUCGAUAAGAUCACGGAAAUGGACGAACUUCUCGGAACUAUCUUGGACAAGUUGAUCAAAAACGGACUCCAAGAUAAAGUGAACUUCAUCCUAACAAGUGACCACGGGAUGGCCGAAGUAGAUUACGACAACAAACUUGUCGAGAUAUACGAUUUAGUGAAUAAAUCCCUGGUCAAUAUCACAGUAGGCAGUGGUCCGAUCAUGCACGUGAUUCCAGAGAAUGGUGAAGAGGACGCCAUUAUAAAUGAUAUAAAUAGUCAUCCGAACUUCACAGCCUAUAGAAAAGCUGAUAUACCGGAUAGGUGGCACUACAAGAACAACCGGAGGGUGAUGCCGAUCUUUGUGGUGGCCGACGAAGGCUGGACCAUAACGUGGAAUGCCACUCGCAGUAAACUUUAUCCGAGUAAAGGUAACCAUGGAUACGACAACGGUCUGAUGUCAAUGAAGCCGAUAUUCUAUGCCAUGGGUCCUAACUUCCGGUCAAACCUUUUGGCUCCGCCUCUCAAUUCGGUUGACGUUUAUCCAUUGGUUUGUGAACUACUUGGUAUAACUCCAUCUCCUAACAACGGUACGCUAGCCAACAUCAUAACCAUCCUGCAACCAUUCAGCGGAGAUAGUUUAGUUUGCGAUGGAGCUAACAGCGUCACUUCCGGUAGAGUAAAUGUUCAGCUUGUGUUUGUAUUUCUCCUUGCCAGAUUUAUGAUAUAAACUGGACAGAGUGAAACGAAGUCGGAAUUAUAUAUAUAUAUAGCAUUAACCUGAUUCUUUGCUUUACAAUGUUUAAAAGUUAAAUUACCAAACAGAAGUCGAAGUGGAAACAAGAACAUAAAAUGGAAAUAAUAUAAUCUCGGUGUUCGACAAAUCUACAUUCAGGGACAACUGGAGAAACAAGGACCAUGGCCAUUGCUGGAUGUAUAAUUUCUGAAAGGAGAUGGUCUGAACUUCAGGUUUAACUUCCGACUUCAUCCGUCUGCACAUUUGGCCACUUCCCGAAACAGACAUACAUCAUCUUUUUGACAACAAUCAAUCUGAUUAGAAUCAUCUGUUACAUAGCUCCGUUAACUUCGUACUAUGCCUGUUCCAGCGUGAACGAAGCCAUGUAACAGACAUUUUUAAUCAGAUUGGACAACAAGAAAUUCAGUAGGGUGAAGUGUUUUUACUUAGUAUCUUGCCAAUGUAUGUUUACUUUGUAGUGAGAAAAUUUUAAAGCUAUUCCAUAGCUCAAUUUUGAUACCUGGGUUCUAAAACAAAAAAAGCAAAACCACUGCCGAAUGUUUUAAUUUGAAACAAUUUAUUAUGGUUCUUGGCGUUACAUAUUUAUGUAUAAGCAAUAUUCAUAAGAUCAUGUACAUGUUAUAGUCUGCCUGUAUAAAGCGUCAAAGUCAUAUUCACGGUACAUAAACGCUAACAAAGCCCCAUGCACUCCCAUAAUUUCCUUUCAUGUGACGUGUUUUUUUGUGAUUCUGUUUGUAUGUAAGCCAAUCGAUUUGACAAUUGAAUAUGUUAAAAUGCAUUUUUUUAUAAACAAUCUAAACAUUGUUUUGGUUUUAUCAUUAAAACUGUUGCACAUGGUAAAUGAUCAACUUGUUUUAUUAUAUUUAUUGUUUGAACUGGCUGUCUAGAUUUUGAAAAAGCGCGUCCCUCCCUUUACACCUACAUCGUAAAAUGAUAUAUCAGGCUUAUUAAGUUAAUUAUACAUGUUUUACCUUAUGCUUUAUUAUAUUUAAAGAAACCUAACAUCUAGAACGUCGCCAGCAAAAAUCAAUGUACGUUGUUUACGUGUUACUCGGUACGAAAAGGAUGUGAUGCUGAGAGUGUCAUUAAAUCUAUUUAGAAGGAGUACUUGAGAUCAAUAAUCAAACACAACUUAUUCAACAGCCUCACGUUUCAUUAUAUUGUUGAUAAUUUCAGCGACAAAUACAUGUACACUACCCGACACGACAUCCAGUACGCUGAUGCACUUUAGUUUUGGCGCCUACAUGCGUUACUAUCACUUUUUAGUUUUGAAUACAAUUCUAAACAGGAGAACUGCAGAGCGAGGAGAGUACCACGAUCUGUAAGCAUCUACUAUUUGUUAAUAACACUUUAUUGAAUCUACAUGUAACGGAAAUAAAUAAGCAGGUUUAGUUUUUCAAACAAUGACAUUUAUUAUCCAGUUUUUAGGUAUAGGAUUACUGCCAAAUUUGGGGCUCUGGGUUCAACAAAAUUAGCACUUUCUGUCUCGAGCAUAUAAACAAUUACACAUAUAUUCAUGCAUGGUAAACCUCGUUAUCACGACCUCAUAGCAUUUUAUUACAAUGAUAUGUCUUAGUUAGAUCUUUUAGUUACACCUUUUAUGUCGAGGUCAUGUCUUAAUUAAUUUGACUCUGAGAUGGGACAUUCUAUUACUAUGCAUGUCUUUAAGUUACCACGUUUAUAUAUAUAUAUAUAUUGCAAUAUGAACUAAGCUUAAAUGUGUAUAUCACAGUAAAAUUAUAAAUUCAUAAUUACAAAUUCAAUUCAUAUAUAAAACCACUCCUACAGUAAAUAUACGUAUCCUUCAGAAAGAAUAACAAUAGUUUUUAAUGUUUCAAAGGUGACAUUUCUGUUCGAGUUGUCUCCCUUAGUCAGGUAUUUUCUAACACUUACCCUAACUACAAAUGUACGCGUAGUACAGCAUUUAAGUACAGCCUGCAGUACAUACAGAUGAACAGGCAAUUUAUAUUAUGUACAGUCUAAAACAAAGUGUUCACAACUACUUGAUGAAAUAUACAUGACUAGCUAGUAUCACAGAUAUCUUUAAAUUGGCACACACACUAAAUUAUACCCUUGUAUUUUAUCCUCAGAUAGCAUGCUAUAUGUGAGAUGGUUAGCCUGGUUGCAUAAAUUGCAUGUGCUUGCACGUUCGCAUUCACUGGCUUUACUAAGGACUAUGCACGUCUUUUUAAACAAAGUCAUUACGCUUUGUAUAUUCAGCAAAAGAAAUGACACUUCACCAUUUACACUACAUAAAGUAAUAACUGAAUAAAAUUUGGCUUUUACAAUUUGCGGGAUAGAUACUUUCAAUCGUAUGUUUUGAUAAACUUGGUUUCCUACGGACACAGAGCGACAACGAUUGAGACGGUUUGUUAUUCGUUCGGACAAAAUAAUUAAUUUCGUUUGAACA